AUGGUUUUGGGCUGCUUGGCCACUCCCGGCGACCACAUAGCCGGACCGAGCCAACUUCCCCGCGGGGAAGAGCCGCGUGUGCGGCGGGGCAGCGGCGCGCCCUUGUCCCUGCGCGCACGUCGAGGGUACCGCCGGCCUCCGGGAGCCCGGAGCCGCCCUUCGAAGGCGAUGUCCGGGGCUUCGGCCGGGGACCUCCCCGGAGAGAAACCCGCCCCCUGCAGCCUCCAGGAGACUCGGGCCGCGGUCCCCUCCCUCUGCUCGGGGCAGCUUGUCCGGGCCGAGUGCCGGGGCUGCGGGCCGGCGUCCCGCGGGCGCUCGGCGGGGCCCGGCGGCCUCCCCGCGCCGCCGCUCCCGCCGCACGUGACGCCGCUCGGAGCAUGCGCGCGGCGCCCGCCCCGACGGCCCCGACGGCCGCGCCCGGGGACGGCCCCGAGCCCCCCGUUCCGCCGGGCCCCGGCCCGCAGCCUGCCCGCCGAACCCUCGCGGCCCCACGCCGAGGAAAGCUCCGAGGCGGCGAAGCAGCCUUUGAAGCCAUCCCGCCCGAGGGAUGUUUUUAAGUCCUCCCGGUCGGGCUGUCCCCAGCCGCCGGCCGGCGCGGCCUCGCAGCCCGGCGCUGCCUCGGGCGCUCGGGCCGUGCGGGUUCUGUUCCGCCGGCCCCUUCCUCUCCCCCGCCUGUGGCACCUCACGGUGCGCCCGUCUGUUGCUGUCCACACCGGCCCUGCUCUGCUCCCUGGGCGCAGCUCCGUGCGCGGUAAAUGCCCCCCACGCUCCUGCCCCAAAGAAUCUCCGGACUCCUCCGCUGCUCUCGCACGGGCAGUGCCCGCAGCUGUGUUUGUUACCGAGGCUCCGCUGGCAGCCUGCGGGAAGGCGGCAGCUGUGCGGGGAGCGGCGGGGGGCGAGGGCCGGGGGCUGAGCGGCGGCUCCCGCACGGCUGCACCGAGGGAGCCCCGCUGCCCCAGCGAGCACCCCGCUCCCACGGCAGCAUUCCUGACGGGCUCCGCACGGGUCCUGGGGCCGAAACCCCUUGGAAACGCAAAGACAGCACACACACAACCUCUGCCUACCUCGGAUCGGUAA